UGGCCUCUUUCUUAAAAAACAACAUCCCCAUAUAUGCACCCACACCAACCACCUUCAUUCCCGAAAACUCAACAAUAUAGCGUUGAUGACGAGGUCCCCGGCGGCGACCGUGGCGAUGGUUGCGAUCCUUUUCGUUCUCUUUGUUUCGGCGUACGGAUCAGCAGGAGCAAUGGUGGGAGGGAGAACGGAGGUGACGGACGUGAAGACGAACGAGGAGGUGCAAGAUCUGGGGAAGUUCUCGGUGGAGGAGUACAACCGGAGCCUGAAGCACGGGGGCAAUGGAGAGCUGACGUUUGUGGAGGUGGUGGAAGCGCAGAGGCAGGUGGUGUCGGGGAUAAAGUACUACCUCAAGAUAUCGGCCACCGAGAAAGGCGCUACAAAAGUUUUUGAGUCGGUGGUGGUGGUAAAGCCCUGGGUUCACUCCAAGCAGCUUCUCAACUUUGGGCCUUCCGCUUCCAUUGAAUAAUUAAUAACGACAAUGUGCAGUCGCUGUAAUAACUUUUAGUAUUUCAAAUGUCUCUGUUUCUGGUCUAUUUGCCUUUAUAAUAAGGGCAGUGGUGUAGUUUUAUCCGACUCUUUCUCUUCUUUAUUUGGUCAUGUUGUGGUGUUGUAAGUCUGUAAUGUAUACUUGCACAUGAACUGAUCAAUAUGAAUAAACUCAUGAUAAAAGAGGGCUAAGGUACUGGAGUUGGUGUU